GGGCCCCGCCUUGGCCAGAGUUGCGGCCUCUGACCUGUUUUCUGUUAGAGCAGAUCAUCUGUCUGUCCCUGCCGCGCCCACCAUCCCCACCUGCCUGUGGGGGGAAGCAAACCUUGCCCGGGCCCAGAGGAGGGAGAAAGGGGAGACGGGUGGGGUCCUGCAGGACCCGGUGAUGACAAGCUGCCGGGCUUCCUGGAGGGGAUCAGGCCUGGGGAACACGGCAUGGCACAAGAGGAAGGGGUUCCCUCUCCUGGGGCUGCCCCGGACCAGCCCUGCGUGUUCAAGCUGGCCCUCUUGGGAAGUGGCUCCAUGGGCAAGUCCAGCUUGGCUCUCCGGUGCGUUCUUCACGACGGUGGUGGUUGGGGCCGUGUUUCUGAGGUUUGAGAUCUGGGACACGGCUGGCCAGGAGAAGUACCACAGCAUCUGCCACUUUAGGGGUGCCAACGCUGCGCUUCUGGUGUACGACGUCACCAGGAAGGAUUCCUUCUGCAAGGCUCAGCAGAGGCUGAAGGACCUGGAGAGGGAGUCUCCCCCAGGGGAGGUGGUGGUGAUGCUGGUCGGGAACAAGACGGACCUUGGCGAGCAGCGGGAAGUGACGUCCCAGGCAAAUGCAGAUUUCACAAGGCUUCUCUUGUCAUGAUCGUCAAGAAAAGCUAAAGGAUAAGUACAGAGAUAAAAGCGUCCGAGAGAGCCUGCUGCCCAGAUUUCCACUCACGCUAUUAUGUUUCUUAAACAAUUUCACCGGUUUCUGACUGUAGUCAAGUUGCACGGUGUUUCAUAUGAUUAUUCCCACGUAGAUGAAGUACGUGGAGGUGAGUCCCUGGGGUGCCAGGCUGUGUCUUGCACUUUCCCCGCCACCUCCCCGCUGCAGCAGGGCUGGGGACCCCCUCUGUGCGCACCUGGUGGGACCAACCUUGGACACUGGUGUGUCCCUGGCCACUAGAUGGCGCUCCAGCAUCGCUCAGGGCAAACCCCGCUGCUCAAGGGGCCCCGCAUUCUCUCUGCUAAAUGCCAGGCUUUCGGAGAAAUUUCCGACAAGUUGAUUGAUGCCACGGCAAGUAGGGAAAUAAGGAUCAUGCGUGUAGGAUGCCCACAUAUCUAUGCCUAUUUCCCUCCCGUUUUGUCAAGUCAGUAUCACUGUGCUAGAAUUUAUUAUUAAAACAUAUCCUUGGACGGAUUUCCACCAGGCAUCCUUCCACUGUGCCCCUAGACUGGAUGGGGUGCGUUGUGCUUCUGGAGCUCAGGUUCCCCAUCUCCUGGGAUGUGAUUGCUCCUCAUCCUCUCCUCUGCCCCACCAGGCAAGUGGCUCAACCCUGCUUCGGAAUCACCUGGAAGCCUCCGCCUGCAGCGCCCCUUGCCCACCACAGGCUGUCGUUCCAUCCGUCUACAGUGCAGCUUGCGCCCUGGGCUCUGGGCGUUUUGAGCCCUCCCCGGUGAAUCUAAUAUUCUGGCAAGGUGGGGAAUGUCCCCGAGGGCAGAGGUUCUGUUCUUCCUUCUGUGGGGUGCUCGGUGCCUGGCAACAUCUGACACAAGCCAGGUGCUCAACAAAUGUGUGUCCAACAAGAGGAUAGAAAUUGGUCCUUCCCCUGAGGUCUAAAGGAAAGGCAGUCCCCAAAACCAGCCUUCACCACAACUGACAGGUGUUUAUGGAAGGUUUUCUGUGCCAUGCUUUGCCCACCUCAGCUCCAUCCCGAAACCUGUGAUGGGGGGGCAUUGGGUGUGGAGCAUGCAAAGCGAUGUGUUCCCCACGAAGACUCCUGGGAAUACCACUUCCAGGUCCGCACUGGCCUCGGGUCCCGAGGAAGGCCAGCCUGGGAGCCCCCUGUCCUGCCUGCCGCCUGGGAAGCUGCUCCAGCCCUGCUCAGCCUGAGUUUGGACCUGGCUCCUCUCUGGAGCUGGGGGUGUGUGUGUGCACGUGUGUAGGUGGUGGGGGCAGGAGGCUCUGAGGAUUCAGAAGUGGCCCCUCGGAGGAACCCUGCUGACCUGCCUGCGACCGUACCCCUUCCUUGUCUUCUGUUUCUGUGGGAGGGGUCUCCUCCAGCCACCCUGGAGGAGUCCCCUUCGCACAGUCAGAAAGAAAACCACAAGGCCCAAGAAGUCACUGGAGUUAAGGCAUCACUAAAGCCAGAUUUAAUACUUAACCCAACUUCAGUUUCAAGCCCCUCUGGAAUGUAACCUUUAACCUGCCACACUGGAAUUUCCUGGAGGCACUCUUCUGAAAGACCCCUUCCCCUUUACAAGGGCGACCUUGCCUAAACAACAUUAAUGAAUUCCUUGAAAAAAGGGAGCCUUCUCUCUACAUUUAGAAAGCUUUCCUUUUCUGCACCUUGGCAGAGCAUCUCUCUACUGGCUAGACUGGAUGCUGCCCCAUUCAUGAGUCACUUAAUAAAGCCAAUUAGAUCUUCAAAUGUUUGAAUUUUGUUUUUUAACAGCCCAGAGGGCCCAACUCAGGGAUCCAUUCUUCUUCUUUUAAAAUUUAUUCCUGGGGCUCUUGGGUGGCUCAGUCCAUUGAGCUGUCCGCGUCCGACUCUUGAUCUCACCUCAGGUCUUGAUCUCACGGUUGUGAAUUCAGGCCCUGCGUUGGGCUCCAUGCUGGGUGUGGAGCCUGCUUAAAAAAAUUUUAUCCUCUUCCCGGGGCUCCCACUGGCCAAAUCGAGGACAAUCUGAGCAUCCAAAAUUAUUUGUCGGUGUUGAACAGAGAGAGAGAGGUGGGUGGGACCUCCUUUAGAAGAAUCCAGCUAAUAAAUGUGGAAGGAAUUGGAGAAUCUCCUUUGUGUGACAGGGGUGUUCAGUGGGUGCUUAAAUGACUGGCUGGGGGCUCUGGGUAGACCAGCUCCUGCCUCAAGCACACAGUGAGCCACAGGAAGGCCCCUUAGAGUCGAGAUCUACCUCUAUGGGAGGGCCAGGCCCAGCAUCUGCCAGAGCGGGGCCCGGACUGUCCAUCGGAUGAGGUGCAAUAGAAGGGACACAGAGCCCUUGUGUCCCCAGUGAGUAACCAAAUCCAGCUGAGGCCCUGGAUCUCCCUCUCAGACCACAGGAAAUGCGGGGACAGAACAGGAACAAAGUGAACAAUCCACAGGCAGGUGCUGGCUGCAGGAACAAAGUGAACAAUCCAGGUGAACAAUCCACACAUCACACACUGGAUCAUUCUACAGGAUACUGUGUCUGGGGUCUUGUAAAAGUCAACGUCACGACAAAAAAAGAUCAGGGACUAAUGAGCAAUACCUAACAGCAACAGUGAAUUUAGAUUGCAACCUGGUUUCAAAAAGAAAGAGAAAGAAAGAAAGAAAAAAGAAAGAAAGAAAGAAAGAAAGGAAGGAAGAAAGGAAGAAAGAAAGGAAGAAAGAAAGAAAGAAAGAAAGAGAAAGGAAGAAAGAAAGGAAGAAAGGAAGAAAGAAAGAAAGAAAGAAAAAGAAAGAAAGAAAGAAGGAAAAAGAAAGAAAGAAAGAAAGAAAGAAAGAAAAAAGAAAGAAAGAAAGAAAAAAGAAAGAAAGAAAGAAAGAAAGAAAGGAAGAAAGAAAGAAAGAAAGAAAGAAAGAAAGAGAAAGGAAGAAAGGAAGAAAGAAAGGAAGAAAGAAAGGAAGAAAGAAAGAAAGAAAAAGAAAGAAAGAAAGAAAAGAAAGAAAGAAAGAAAAAGAAAGAAAGAAAGAAAGAAAGAAAGAAAGAAAGAAAGAAAGAAAGAAAGAAAGAAAGAAAGAAAGAAAG